AUGGGCAAGUCACCACAGCCAGGCUCACCGGGAAUAAGACGUUCCCCCCGAUUACAGAAAAUAGCUGAGAAUGCAGUCAGUAAAAGACGGCUGAGUGAAACACGGAGGACGUCUUUAGAUCCUAAAAAGAGUUGUCUGAAACAGGCUCCAACCGAUAACACGCUAACCGAUCUCACGGCUAUAUUUCAAAACAAUGAUCCUCUUAUCACUUAUGGUCCUAUGUUUGAUGAUCCGGGGACUGUUACGCGUCUGGAUUUUGAUGAUGCUGUCAGAGAAGUCGAGUCGAAAUCAAGACGGAAAUCACUUCGUAGAGUUAGCUUUGCGGAUACAGCACACGUGCGUCUGUUUGAGCAAGACAACGCAAACGAUCCAGAUUUACACGACAUUGCGGUUACUGCGCCUAUCGAUAUAGACCUUUUCAAGUCUAGUGGGGAUGCUCAUGAAAGUGCAAAUACCGCUCCCGUUGAUACGAAUACUGUCGAAGGCGAUUUGCGCGAUCAUACGAUUAUUACUCCAGUCGAUAUGGAUAUUGUCGAAUGCGCAAAUGUUAAACGUGAUUUCACGAUUACUACUCCGGUUGAUAUGGAACUUGUUAAAUGUAAUGUGGAGAGCGAUAACAUAAAUGGUAUUGAAUCCGGUGGCGGUCAGCGCGAUUUCACGAUAACUGUUCCUGCAGAUAUGGACAUCGUCGAAUGCGCAAAUGUUAAACGUGAUUUCACGAUUACUACUCCGGUUGACAUGGAACUUGUUAAAUGUAACGUGGACAGCGAUAACAUAAAUGGUAUUGAAUCCGGUGGCGGUCAGCGCGAUUUCACGAUAACUGUUCCUGCAGAUAUGGAUAUUGUAGAGUGUGAGGGGGGUACGCGUGAGUUUACUAUAACCGCCGCCAUCGAUAUGGAAAUCGUUGAAUGCGAAGGAGGACUGAUGGAGUGCGAAUCUAAAGCCGAAAACGACGAAGUUAAAUUGGAUACGUUGCGAGAUUUUAUCAAAAAGGAGGAAGGAGAGGAGGAAGAGGAGGAAAAGAAGGAAGAGGAACAAGACAUUCGAGAUCAUGAGGAUAUCAUAUCACUAUUGCCUCUGUUAUCUAUGAAAGAAAUAUUGGACAAGUUAGAUAUCAUAUUUGCAGGUGCCCAUUUUAAUAAGCGAAGAGAAACUAUUUUCGAGAAUGGGAAUGCAGCUGCAACUACCACACCAACCCUUGUCGAUGCCGCGUCCAUUGCGUGUAUGUUACCUCAGCUGAAACUUUUUGAAUCUGGCUAUCAGUUACUCAAUAAAUCUAAUACGGAACUUCAAAAUGCCAUUGAAAAUAUUGUGAACGACACGGAAGUUCUCUCUCUUUUCAAUGAAAUAGUGUCUCUCCCGCCACACACACAACAUCUUAUAAAACAAAGAUUGCGAUUAAUAAAAAAGCGAUGGAACUUAAUUGCAAAGAAAGAUUGGUACGAGUGGAGAGAAUCUGGUAUUGCGAGUGUAAAAGAUCAACUGAACGAGUAUUUUGAAACGUUGAAAAAGGAAAUGGUCACUCGACUAAUACAAGAAUCAAAUGAUUUAUUACCAAAGUUGCGUCUUUAUUCUCAACAAUUGUCAUCAACUUUAUGUAAUGCCAAAUCAAGAUAUGAGCAAAUCGUAAAUUGUGAUCAUGAACAACUCAAGAAUUUGGAAGAAGCGAUAGAAGAGCAAGAUGUACAGAUUCGAAAGAGACAGAAAGACUUAGAUCAAGUCUGUGACACUAUCACUAUUCAGAAACAAGUAAACGAAAACUUAAGGAAGGAGAUAGCGGAAAAGAAAGAGGCAUUGGAUGAUGCGUAUAAGCUGAUUAAAGCGACGCGUCGUUAUACUAAGAAAGUACUUGAUGGCUUUUGUACCAAGUUGGGAGAGGUUAUUGAAAAGUCAAAAUGGAUGCCUCAUAAAAUGUCAUCACAAGUUCUCGAUAUUAUUUACAACAAAAAAUUACGACUUGUAGUCAAUUAUAAGCAAUCUCAAACUUGUAAUUUCGAUUUGUCUCUUGUGUCUCUUGACGAAAAUUCAAUGAAUAAGCAGUUUUAUGAUAUAGCGCUAUCCAGUCUCAAAUACCUCACAAAGUCAUAUCCUUGUCCGGUAACCAAGGAAAAGACUCCUGAACUAGUUCAAUUGAUAACCUCAUAUUGGGAAAAAGCAAAUUUAUUAUAUGAAGAGAUCUCCACUAUACGCAAGAAGUGUCCAAUCACAAUACAUUCAGGAGAAGCAAUAUCCGAGAGCAAGGGCAACUCAGUCGUGCUUCGCGUCACAGCCGAGUUUAUUAAUGCAGAAUUGCGAACGGACUUUUUUGUUGAUUUCAUUUUUAGGCCUGAUAGUAUUAUUGAAUAUCCUGCUAUGGAUGGUGUGUCAUGUGUGAUUAACGUAGAUUAUGGAUUAGAUGAUGUGAACCUGAUCUCUAGCAUUAUAAUGCAACGACUGUCAAGCGGUAAGAGGACAGGACUAAUAAGAGAUGCUUGCGCUGAUGUGAUUACAACAUUAGAAACACUAGCCAACUCUAAUAAAGAACAAUGUAUAUAA